AUGACGACCGAGGAGAAGCACCACGCCGAGCUUGCCGACGGCCCCGACCACCGCAAGGUCUACCCCCCUCCCUCCCGUGUCCAGGGCAAGGACGGCCGUCCUAAGCCUUGGCUCGGCCCCGACUUCAACGCCUACAAGACCGAGUACGAGAAGUCCAUCGGCCCCGACAGCGACAAGUGGUGGGCUGAGAAGGCCCGCGAGUCGCUCUCGUGGUUCUCCGACUUCAAGACCGUCCGUGCCGGCGGCUUCGAGGAGGGCGACAUCCAGUGGUUCCCCGAGGGUACCCUCAACGCCGCCUACAACUGUCUCGACCGUCACUACUACGCCAACCCCGACAAGACGGCUAUCAUCUACGAGGCCGACGAGCCCUCGGACGCCCGUGAGAUCACCUACCGCGAGCUCUUCAACGAGACCUGCCGUCUCGCCAACGUUCUCCGCGAGUACGGUGUCAAGAAGGGCGAUGCCGUCUCCGUCUACCUUCCCAUGACCUGGCAGGCCGUUGCCGCGUUCCUCGCGUGCGCGCGUAUCGGUGCCGUCCACUCUGCCGUCUUCGCCGGUUUCUCCGCCGAGUCGCUCCGUGACCGUGUCCAGGACUGCGAGUGCAAGGUCCUCAUCACCACCGACGAGGGUCGUCGUGGUGGUAAGUCGAUCGCUACCAAGGCCAUCGUCGACGCCGCUCUUGCCGAGUGCCCCCUCGUUGAGCACGUUCUCGUCCUCCGCCGCACCGGCAACAAGGUCCCCAUGACCGAGGGCCGUGACAAGUACUGGGACGAGGAGGUCGCCAAGGUCCCCGCCUACUCGCCUGCCGAGCACAUGAACGCCGAGGACCCCCUCUUCAUUCUCUACACCUCUGGCUCGACCGGCAAGCCCAAGGGUGUCGUCCACUCCACUGCUGGUUACCUCCUUGGUGCCUACCUGACCGUCAAGUACGUCUUCGACGUCCACGAGGGUGACCGCUUCGCGUGCAUGGCCGAUGUCGGAUGGAUCACCGGCCACACCUACAUCGUCUACGGUCCCCUCGCCCUCGGUGCCACUACCACUGUCUUCGAGUCGACCCCCGUCUACCCCAACGCCUCGCGCUACUGGGACUUUGUCGACAAGUGGAAGGCCACCCAGCUUUACACCGCCCCCACCGCCAUCCGUCUCCUCCGUCGCAUGGGUGAGGAGUGGGUCAAGGACUACGACCUCUCUUCGCUCCGUGUCCUCGGCUCGGUCGGUGAGCCCAUCAACCCCGAGGCCUGGCACUGGUACAACGACUUUGCCGGCAAGAAGGAGUGUGCCAUCGUCGACACUUACUGGAUGACCGAGACCGGAUCUCACGUCAUCACUCCCCUCCCUGGCUGCACCAGCACCAAGCCUGGUUCGGCUACCUUCCCCUUCUUUGGCAUGGACCUCACUAUCCUCGACCCUAACACCGGCAAGGAGGUGCCCUGGAAGAAGGGUGAGGAUAUCGAGGGUGUCCUCGCCGCCAAGAAGCCCUGGCCUUCUAUCGCCCGUACCGUCUACAAGGACCACAAGCGCUACCUCGACACGUACAUGCGCAAGGACGAGGACGGCUAUUACUGGAUCAAGGGUCGCGUUGAUGAUGUGAUCAACUGCUCUGGUCACCGCCUGUCGACGGCUGAGGUCGAGAGCGCUCUGAUCCUGCACAGCGGUGUCAGCGAGGCGGCCGUGAUCGGUGUUCCCGACGAGCUCACCGGCCAGGCCGUCAUUGCCUACGUCGUCAUGAAGGGCGCUUUCGACAGCAACGACCCCGUCGAUCAGCUCUGCAAGGAACUUACCAUUCAAAUCUACGUCGUCUCUGGACUGCCCAAGACGCGCUCCGGCAAGAUCAUGCGCCGUCUGCUGCGCAAGAUCGCCACGGGCGAGCUCGACACUUUGGGUGACACGUCGUCUCUCGAGGACCCAUCCGUGCUCGAGCACAUCAAGGAGGUCGUCGCCGCGGCAAAGUGA